AUCAGAGCUGUCUCUGGGAGAUGUCUCUACGAGCUCUCUGGAGGGGCCUGUCCUGGCUGCCCAGUGUGAGUGUAGUGAGUAUGACAAGUGUGAGUGCUGUGUGCCAUCCCUGACACUCAACCACACCUACAUCAUGUGGCUGAAGAUGACAGUUGGUGCAACACCUCUGUGGUCACCUUUGAUGUCUGUCAAGCCCAUAGACAUAGUAAAGCCUGAACCUCCCCUGAACCUGCACGUAGGAAUGACAGAGAAAGGUCAAGUGAAGAUCUGCUGGUCAGACCCUGUGCUGAUGCCAUUCCCACUUCAGUAUGAAGUGAAGAUCUCCUCAAAUUCAGGUCAAAACAGCUGGCAGAUGGUUCAGGUUGCUCUGGAAACCUCACUGGCCAUAGACCAUAUCUUACUUGAUUCUUCCUACUGGGUUGAAGUGCGGUGCAGGAACCGCCGUGGUGCAGGGCUCUGGAGUGACUGGAGCACACCUUACAACCUCAACUUGGGAGCUGAAGUCCUGUACUUCCCUCCUAAGAUACUGACCAGUGCUGGUUCUAACGUUUCCUUUCACUGCAUCUACAAAAACAAAACCACGCUUGUAAGCUCCAAGAAGAUUGUUUGGUGGCUGAACUUAGCAGAAGAAAUCCCAGACAGUCAGUACACACUUGUGAAUGACCGUGUAAGCAAAGUUACUCUUUUCAACUUGAAAGCAACAAAACCUAGAGGAAGUUUCUUCUAUAACGCGUUAUACUGUUGUCACCAAAAUAGGGAAUGUCAUCAUAGAUACGCUGAAUUAUAUGUAGUAGAUGUGGAUGUCAACAUCACAUGUGAAACAGAUGGGUACUUGGCUAAAAUGACUUGUAGGUGGUCUGCAAACCCAAACACACUGCUCCUGGGGAGUUCCUUGCAGUUAAGGUACUACAGGAGCAGAAUUUAUUGUUCUGACUUUCCAAGUACUUCUCCAAGAUCAGAGGUGAAAGAAUGUCAUUUACAGAAGAACCAUUCCUACGAGUGCACAUUUCAGCCUAUUUUUCUCUUAUCUGGCUAUACCAUGUGGAUAGAGUUUAAGCACUUCCUAGGAACACUCGAGUCCUCUCCAGCUUGUGUUGUUCCAGCAGAUGUGGUGAAGCCACUUCCACCCUCCAACCUCCAAGCAGAGAUGAGCAGGGAGGUGGGGCUGCUGAACGUGAGCUGGACAAACCCCCUGUUCACAAACCACGACCUCGGGUUUCAGAUCCGGUACGCCGCCAGCGGGGCAGGAGUCCCCUGGGAGCUUUAUGAAGUUUCAAAUGCACCAAGAUCAGCCCUGAUACAAGUUGAGGAGGUUUGUGUUGAGUACGUCGUUCAGGUGCGGUGCAGAGAACUGGCUGGGUCAGGUUACUGGAGCAACUGGAGCCCGCCAGCCUACACGCCUGUGAAGGACAUCAGAGCUCCCUUACAAGGCCCUGAAUUUUGGAGGAUUAUUACUGAAGACCCAACAAGGAGGCAGAAGAACGUUACACUCCUGUGGAAGCCCCUGCCCCGGAGCCGCUCGCUGUGCAGCGUGAGCCGCUACGUGGUGAAGCACCAGGCGCCAGGGAAGGGCACGUGGGCAGAGGAGGUUGGCAGUGGCACCAGCUCCUCCUUCCCCUGGACCGAGCACACCCACACCGUCACAGUUUUGGCCGUGAAUUCCAUUGGGGUGUCUUCCAAUAAUUUCAAUUUAACUCUGUCCCAGCAAAUGAGUGCAGUGGGCGUCGUGCGGUCGCUUCGCGCCUACCCGGUGAACAGCACCUGUGUCAUUUUGCUUUGGACACUGUCACCUCAGCUACACGAGAUCACAUCUUUUGUUAUUGAGUGGAAGAACCUGAACAAAGAAGAGGAGAUGAAAUGGGUGCGAGUUCCUCCAAAUAUUAGUAAAUAUUAUAUUUAUGAUCACUUCAUUCUGAUUGAGAAGUACCAGUUCAGGCUCUACCCCGUGUUUGCUGAAGGAGUUGGCAAAUCCAAAGCAACGGAUCAGUUCACCAAAGGUGAAUAUGAAACUGAGAACAACACCAGCCUCUCCGUGGUUCUGCCCAUCGUCAUUUCAACCUCAGUUCUCUUGCUUGGAGCAUUGCUGGUUUCACACCAAAGAAUGAAGAAACUCUUUUGGGAGGAUGUUCCAAACCCCAAGAAUUGCUCGUGGGCACAAGGAGUUAAUUUUCAGAAGCCUGAAACAUUUGAGCAUCUUUUUAUCAAGCACCCUGAAGCAAUGUCAUUUGAGCCUCUUCUUCUGGAGCCCGAAAUCGCGCUGGAAGACAUCACAGUUACUAAAACCCUGAAGAAAGAAGACACACAAGAUUUUUUAGUAAUCGAUUCGAUGUUUACAAAAAUUCAAGACUCUGAACACGACUCUGCUUGCUCCAGCAGCCAGUUCAACAGCAGCAGCUUCUCAGAGGGCUCCCAGGAUGACCACGUCCAUGGAGAAGCAGCCAGGCAGGCGGAUGUUAAAUAUGCCACUAUCAUCAGCAGCUCUGCAUCCAGUGGGCUCUACGAAGAGGAGAGGAAUCUAGAAAAUUGCUCUGGUAGAUGCUUCUUUGUUGAAGACUCUGUAGUCAGAGGCACCUUCUCGAGCAGCUCCUGGGAGGUGGGGAACACAACAUUGCUCCUCCUCCCUGACCCGCCUGGCAGGCAGCCCAGCAAGACUCUUUCCCUUUCCCUUAUUUCUUCAGAGGGCUUUUCAGAGCCUUCAGAUCAGGAGGAUGCUUUUGCAGAUGGAGCUAGUCCCGAGAGGAACCUCUGCUACCUCGGGGUAACAUCCCUGGAAAAAGGAGAAAGGGACAUUUUUAUAACACAGGGUUCUGGGCUGAUGUGUCAGCUGCACACAACCAACCUGCUCAAAGAUGUGGGGCUGCUCCAGCGUCCACCACCUGCUCUAAAUGCUCUGAUCCAAAGUAGCCUGAAGUGUCAAAGCACCGUGCCCUACGUGCCACAGUUUCAGAUGACUGCUGUCAAGGUGCAAGAGACCACAGAGAAAAACUCUUAA